GCCGGCGGAGGGCCACUGCUCGCCGCGCUUUCGUCAGUCUGGUGGCUCCUGCAGUGCUUUGCACACACACACACACACUUCACUGCAGGGCACUGUCCAGUGAGAGCACAUCCAGGUGGCCUCUUGACAAGCUGGGAUGCCUACUUUGGCACACUUGUCCGUCGAGGACUUCCAGCUUCGAACAGCCUCCUGGCUGCCGGUCAGUCUAGUGACUGCUGGUCUGAUGUCCAUGAUGUCCUCAAAGCAUGGCCUUUUGCCAGCGGCUGGCUUCAUGUUCAAGCUCGUGCUUGCGGGCAGCUCGUCUUGAGCCUCUGUGCCAUGGUAUCGGCUCCGGGCUUCACCAAGGAGCCGGCCUGGCCCAAACCAGCUCUGCGUCCGGCACGCCAGGUCUGUAAGGCCCAGGUGGGAGAUGGACCUUCCAUGGACGUUCCUCUGUCCUAUGCCUUGUGGCCAGUCGCGGUCCGCUUGGCAAGCAUUCGAAAGGCUGUGAAAGGACAGAAAGUAGCCAGGAAGCAGCUUCAGCGCAACUUGCAAAGGGCACAGCAAGAAGGUGAUCCACCAGAUGCAGGCGAGGUUGAGCUCCAGGAGCUCGAGGACAUCGACGACUUGGAAGAGAUGGACGAGGAUGUGGAAGACUUCGUGGAUCUAGACGAUGCGGAACUCGCGAGAUCCGCCACCUCACUUGAGGGCCAGAGCUUCUUCCAGGAAGGCGACCUGGACCAAGAGCUUCGCAUGGCAGCGCAGAUGCUGCCCGAAGAGGGGAUCUUCGAUCAGGCUGGCAAAAGCCUCAGUCGUGCAGCUGUGGUCGAGGCUUUGCUGAGUCAGUCGUCGAGGUCCUGGACAUGUGACGUAGAACGGAAGCCUGCCAUCCUCGAGGACCGACCAAAUCCUGACGGCAGCUUUGUCGCUGUGCUUGCGCAUGGACUGGAGAGUGUGGUAGAACUGCGGGGCAGGUUGGUCCCACUGUCCGCCCUGCCGGCAAAACAGCGCCGGGCGCUCCGACGCGUUGUGCAGCCGGGCGAGGUAAACUGGAAGGCAUUGCCGCCGUUUGUCCCAGCUCAUGAAGACAAGCGCUUGGAGAGAUUGGCUUUGGACAGCGAUUGCCGGUACUUUUCCAGCACAUCCUCUCUGACAGGGCUUCUAUCGCGGUGCUACUUCGCAAUAUCGCAGCACCGCCAGUUCGACCCUUGUGGCCUCAGCAAAGGAUACCGCAGCAGGCCGAGAAGCUUCAGCCCCAGCACAAGAUGGCCGGUAGUCUCAUAUCUUCGCCGAGCCUCUGGCUCAUUGUGGUCCCUGACUGCAGCGAAAGAGGACCCUGAGGACAAGACGGUGCUGCUGGAUUUGGGAAAGUCGAUGGAAUACCAGCUCACGAUGUCGAAGAACGAUUUCGAUGAGCGAUUCCUGAAGAAGACUGGAGGUGCAAGCACCGAAGUGUCCUCCACGGAGCAGGAGAAGGACAACCAGGCCUACAGAUUCUUGAAGGUGGGCCGGCUAAUGAUGCGUUCACAGCUGGAUGCCAUCUACCAGGGCCUUGUUUUCGAUGUCAAGACCCGUGCCGUGAGUGCGGUGAGGCAUGAUGCGCAGAAUUAUGAAAAGCGGCGGAAAUAUCGCAUCACCAGGAUUUUCGGUGCUCGCAACAGUUACGAGCUGGAAAUCUAUGAAAUGAUGCGAAAUGCCUUCAUGAAGUAUGGGUUCCAGGCCAAGAUUGGCCGCAUGGAUGGGGUCGUCGUGGCCUAUCACAACACGUCCGAAAUUUUCGGCUUCCAGUACAUUCCGCUGGCAGACAUGGAGCGUUGCAUUUACGGCGGCCGCGAGGCUGCUGAUGUGGCUUUCGACCUGAGUGUCAAAGUCUUGCAAACAUUGCUGGACUUUCUGACCCAGGACGAAGACCUGGCAAAGUAUGGGACUAUCAAGAUGAGGGUCUCAUGCGAGGAGAGUGCAAACUCAGACUUGGGAAACGCGCUAGAUGUGUCUGCAGCUGCGGUCCUGAAAGAAGGCGAGGAAGCGGAAGUUGAUGAACUUGGGACAGCUCGGCACUUCCGCCUUCUGGUGAAUACGUUCCAUGGGGACGGGACUCGGCGCAGGGCGGACGAGGCCUUGCAGACUGGCGACUAUGUCGAAGUGACCUUUACCGAGGUCGUUGUUAAUGCCUUCCUCGAGAAACGAGGCGAGUCAGGGACGACGCAAGCAAAGGAAGAGUGGUCUCCAUGGCAGGCUUUGCAAGACCUUGCCUCUGCCAUCCAGCGUGGCUUCCAGGGAGUUGAGUGGUUGCGGCUCAGUGCUCUAGCUGCAAUGGCUCAGCACUGCGUUGCUUUGCAGCUUCGGAAGUUAACGGCCUACCCCCUGGGAGCAUGUGUUUCUCACGAGCAGCUGGUCGGCAGCACUUUACUUUCGUCCGGCGUGGAGAAGGUAUGGACUGGCCAAUUUGUUCUGAUUCUGCUUAUCCUUCCUAUUCACCAUGCGAGUGCUCCGGCCAACCUGCCGAAUCGCGCCUUCAAGUACCGCACAUAUCGCCAAACACACGAUUUCUUCCGAGACCUUCGUCGACGUCAUCCCAACCUCGUAGAGCUCUGGUUUGCGCAGGAUCUUUUUCCAGAGAUUCUUCCUCAGAAAAAGUCUUGGGGAACCUGCGAGGGCGAGGCAUGCAAGACACUCAUUGUGCGCAUCGCCAACAAGCAGCUGCUUUCCGACUCCACUCCAGAGGUUUUUUUCAGUGGAGCACUACACGGAGAUGAAAGGAUUGGUCCGGCGACUGUCUGUGAGCUGGCGAAUUUCCUUUGCGAGCAGCAUGCAGCAAAUCACGCAGAGGUAACGCGACUGGUCGAUGGGCGAUCCACGUGGCUCAUGCCAAUGACGAACGCACAUGGAUAUGCGAACUACAAGAGGGAGGAGAACGGCAUGGAUCCAAAUCGAGACUUCCCGUAUUUGCAGAUGCCUCAGCGAUGCAUGCAGACACAGACCGCUCGAGCGGUGAACGAGCUGUUCCGCCGCCAUCUCUUCCAGUUCAGCAUCACCUUCCACGGCGGCAUGCGGGCCCUCACCUACGAAUGGGGAUCGAAAAACCACUUGGUGAAAAUGAAGUCGACGGAGUCUCCUGAUGAGUCAGCCUUCAGACAGGUGGGUGAGUCCAUUCGCGAAGCUGCUGGGAAGACGUCCAAAAACCGAUGGUUCUAUCCCCUCGGGCCGAUCAAUGACUUGGUAUACCCCGUGGAUGGAGGCAUGGAGGACUGGUCCUAUGCAGCUGGCUUCGAGAACUCUCCUAGGCCCAUCACGGUCUGCCAACCGACCACAUAUGGUGGUUACCCGCAGGACCGUACAAGGUAUCGCAAAGAUAGCAUAAGUACUCUAAUGUACUUGGCAGAAAUGGAUGACAAGAAAACAGCGCAAGAGGCGACUCUUGGGCACACUUCCGAGAUUUGGGCAGCCGCCGUUUCACAGGGCCACGUACCACGAAACCUUCGAAUGUGUUUGAAGCUGAUUGAGCUGGCACGUCCGGAAGUUGUGGUGCAAAGCGUGCGGAUACCGCGAGACCCAGGCCCGGGUACGGCAGUCGCCGUCGAGGCUUUCGGCUUCGGCUGCAGCCAGCUGACGGCGAGGCUUCUCGUGGCACCGACUGCCCACAUCCCACAAUGCAAUGUUGGUUUGGACAGCGGUGCAGCCUUGGAGGACAGCACGUUUCGAGAGCUGCUUGAGGCCAAGCAGAUUGCCACGGUGAACUUCAGAUGCCAAGGGCUGACGCUCUGGGGCACUCCGAGAGCAUCUUUCCGUCUUGAGGGCAAACUGCCUGCGGAUGUCAGCGGCGAGGUGUGUCUCCUGAUAGCGGCUGAGUUUGAUAGCCAGUGGGGCCACCAGGUGCAUCCAGAUCCGUCUGUGAAGCCUCGAUCACAUGCCGCCCGCCUUCGAUUGGAGGAGCGAUACGAAGCGAAGGCAAGUGAUGGACCCAAUCUCAUCCGAGCGCGUCGCACCAAACUGUUCGCUGCUGAGCCGACCCCACUCCUGUUGAAGCAGUACAUGCAGGCGGCGGAGGUGCAACCCUUUUCGACUACUCACUCGCCGUCUUUAGAGGUGCCGUUUGCCACGACGCAUCCACCGAAGGAGCCAGCGUCAAUGUCGACAUCGCACGCAGGGCACGCAACGACGUCCUACCUCCGACAUGCACCACCGACAGCUCUGCCGGAAGAAAGCGGUGGGCUGACAAUACCCUUGUAUGCCGUCGCUACAUUUUCGUUCGUAAUUUCUUUGUCCUGUGGUUUCAUGGUGCUGGUCAACCUGCAUUCACAGGCACGACAGGGCAAGGCGAAUGUGCACGAUGCUAUCAGUGAAGCCGAGCUUGCAAAGAUGGUAGGCCAAAGUCAGCCUACUGAAUAA